GUUAAAUUUUUGUACGGUUUAAGUUUGCACUACUGUGGUUAACAAUGGUGGUUAAUUUACCUUUUUGUGUGUUUGUCUAUCAUUUUGGUGUUUAUGUUUGUUAUAUGUAAAACCCGAGUUUUUAUAAAGUGAUUAUCCGUAACAUGCGCGGUUACUAUAAAUAUUUUUUUUUCUGAUUCUAGGAUAAGCCAAUCCUUUUUAAACUGAUCUUCAUUUGGCGCGUAUUUGCUAAGCUUUGAGGGUGCAAAACCUGUUUACUGAUACUGACUUUAGGUACCUGUGUAGAUAAUGACUGUCGUGAGAAGUAUUUAUUUUUAAAAUGUCGGCUUAUGACGAUAAUGACGAGGUUUGUGUAGUGUACGAAAAGUUUGUUCCUCCUGUAAUAACUCCACAGAAAGCUGAAGAAAUAAAGCUUAAAGCCAGAAAAAAUUUUUAUGGAGUGAUUGAAAACGUUCACCCGCUUGCAACUCCAAAUAAAGUGAUUAGUGUCCCAAGCAUUAAAACUGUAAAUAAUUCGUCUUCAAAUGAAUCUACACUUGUUGACUCAACUCAACCAAAGAAAGAUGUGCUAGUUGCAAACUCCAGAAUAGAAAAGGUUAAAACUGUUCCAAACAAAUCAAAAAAAACCAAUGGCUCUCAUUUGCUUGAGACAAAAGAGAAGUUUCAGUUGGAAAAGAAAAAUGGUAAAUUGAAAUGUUCUCCAGUUUAUGCCAAAGACAAAACACCUGGUAGUAAGUGUAUCAAUAAAAUCAGUCACCAUUAUAAUGAUUCCACAUUAGAGUCAACAGUGAAAAAUUUAUUAGCUAGUACCUCUCUUACCAGUUAUGUCGUACGGUCAUCUGUAAUAGCUGAAACAGGACAAUUAAAUAAUUCAUUACGGCCUGCCUCUACUUCUAAUUUACGAAGUACAGGUAAAAAGAAACGUGAAGGGAAGAAAAAUGGAAUCAAAACAGUUACAAAUUCUGUUGUUAAGGUAUCUACUUCUGGAAAUAAUAACCCAAUUGUGCCUAUACCUUCUUUGAUAGUACAGUCAAAUUUGGCAGCAAAUGGGACAUCGCUGAUACCAGCGUCAUCAUCAAUGUCAGAUGAGAAGUCUUUGAACACUGCUAAGAAUAAACAGCAGAAAGAGAUUUUGAAGGAUGAUGGUUGUAAGCAAUCGGUGGAUGCAUCUAAAGAAGUCCUGACACACAACUUGGUACCAAAUAUUUUAGUGAAACAGGAAAUAAAUACACAGGAUGCAGGUGCUUGUAAGGAAGUUGUUAUAACUCAAGCUGAUACAGCAGACAUAAAUGAUUCACAGCAAAUGAAUCCACAGGUAACGCCUUCAAAAUCAAUCAUGUUUCAGAAGUUGUCUCCACAGCUGAAGGCUCAUCCUAGGAAAUUUUUAAGUCCAUCACCAGGGUCUAGUGGAAAGGCAACCGGUAGCCGUACAAAGACAUUGCACGUUAAAAGGUCCCCACUCAAAUAUUCUGGGAGGAAGAACUACUCAAGAAUGACAGUUAAUUCUCCAGCCAAAGGAAAAGUAAAGAAAUUGUUAAACUUUGAUGGCCAGAAAAGAAAUGAUCAGGCGGAGACUGGAGAUGUGUCUGCUAGCUUGGUUUCAUUAACUAUGGAUGACAUAUAUUGCAAAAGCUUCAAAUUGAUUCUUAAUAAAAUCUUGCCCUGCUUCUUACUUUUUUCUGAACUGGAGCUUCAGACAAUAGUGAACUUCAUGAAACUCAGUUCAGUGGCCCAAAGGUUAUACAUCCGAAUGUUUUCCAGGAAGUACUGUUGGCAUAGGGUAUCUGAAGUUUCGUAUGAGAAUAUUAGUACUGAUUUGGCACCUAUUGUGAAUGAAUUGGAGUUCCACGAUUUUGUGACCUUAGACUACAGUGGCGAGCAGCCGCGCACUCUGCUGGGGCUGCUGAGGGCGGCCGAGCUGAAGGCUCUGUGCCUGAGGCUGCGCGUGUCGGUGGCCGCGACGACCAAGGAGGACCGCGUCGGAGCCCUGCUGCGGUACGGCAGCAAGCAGCAGACGCUGUCGCCCGCCCGCGACUUCAGCGCCGCCAUACGGCGAGAGACGAAGGUGAUGCUGGGGGAGUGCUUCAAGCUGUGCGAGGCGCCACGCCGGCUGUUCCAGCGCGUCUUGUUGAUGUUCACGCUGCCCCAGGGGCAGACUGGCUCGGUCGACGUGUUGCCACUGCUCAUAAUGAUCCACAAUGCAGAGACCAGAAAGAUUGAGUUCCCGAAGUACAAGCUGUCGAGCAGUUCUGUGAUCUUGGAUCGUACGUUGUUCACGCACCGAGAGCAGGUUGUGAGCUUCCAUGAUGCAGAUGAUAUAUGCUCUGAGUUAAUGGAAGCUAUUUCGAAGAAGGAUAUGGUGCAGAUAUUAACUCUAUGUAAUGAAGUACAUCUAAGCUUCGUGCAGUGUUAUGAAAAUUAUGGAGAGAGAGUCCAUGCCAGCUCACUGCCGUUGUUUCUGCGGCGGUUCACUGCAUGCUCCAAGUAUGCAUAUGCGUUGACCAUUGGCGCGGAAGCUCUGCGCAAGAGCAAGGAAAAAGCUCACCGUAAAAAGGCUAUCCAGAUUUUGGAGUUACUGUUGGGUCAGGAUUUGUUCCUCACGCAUCACCGUGGCUUCUGGUAUGAAAAAUUGUCGCUCACGCUGCAUUGCCACCUACAUGAUUUUGAAAAGGCUGCAGACUUGAUAAUCCACGCUAUGUCCGAUGAUCACGUGACGGAGGUGCAGAAAUAUGACUUGGUGUGUCGUGGCCAUCGCAUCCACAAUGCCAGAAACAGUGGUCUAAGCAAGCAGAAGAAGAGAGAACUUUACUUGAGUCUUGAUGACGUCAUGGAUGAUCCUCCUAGCAUUACCAUCAAGGCCAAAGUGCUGCCUGUUCAAGGCCCUGGACGCAAGAGGGUGUACGUUGAGGUCGAUGAAGACACCCAGCAAAGGAGCUACUCCUCAGUGGAAGAGUAUGCCAUCUCCUACUACAAGAAGCAGGGUUAUGAAUGUGGGUACCACACGGAAGGUUCCAUCGUCUGUUCGUUGUUUGCGCUGAUGCUGUGGGACGUCCUGUACGAGCUGGAUGUGUGUACAACCUUCUUGAGCAACUACCAAGAGGUGCCGCCAGACCUCAAGUACCCGGAGUUCUAUGCCAGACGCAGCGAUGCCAUAGACGACAAGCUGCGGCAGAUGGAGGGGAUGAGCGUCGAGCAGCUUCAGGCCGCUGUGACGGAGAGCUACGCCAAGAAUGUGGGAACCACCAGUCUCGUGAACUGGGACUUACUGCGAGACGUCAGUCGCGUUACCGUGUUGGUGGCAUGCCUGGGCCCUCGGUUGCUUUCCCGAAUUUGUGAAAGGUUCGCCAAGAACUUUCGAAUGGCACGCAGUGGCUUCCCUGACCUCCUGGUGUGGUCUCGCAGCCAAAAAAAGUGCAAGAUAGUGGAGGUGAAAGGCCCGAAUGACUCGCUGUCCGGGAAACAGGUUCUGUGGCUAAACUACCUAAUAGCGGCCGGCGCAGAUGCGGAAGUCUGCCACGUUGAGACAACAGGUUCAAAAGCUGCUAAGAGGAAGAGCUCAGAAGUCGACGACUUAUGACGUUUACUGGCAGCUCACACGCCCAACAAAUUCAUACGUAGGAGUCGUUGAAAUUUGUGGAACAAGUGAGUGUGUCCAGCAGAUCUCCUUUCAUUUACGUCGGUUACCGCAAGUGACCUAGCUCAAGUAAAGACCAAAACUUGGCUUUAGUGUAUGUUUUUUAAAAACUUUUUAUCAAAAGUGAGACUGAUUUUAUUGCCAGAAAAGCAUUUUUAACAUAUCAUAUAUUAAUAUACAAAAACCAAUUAUAAUUUGUAAUUAUUAUAGACAGGCCAUAUAAAUACUUAACAAAUAAGUUAAUGCAUUGGGCUGGGGUAUAUAACAAUAUGGUUCCUGUAGAAUACAGAGAUGCAGCAUGCUCUGUGGUUUGGCGAAAUACACAUCUUGUGUCCAUAUGAUCAUUCAUGUAUGUAUUAGUAUUUUAUGUGCCUUUGUUCCUUAUAAUAAUGUCAUAAUUUGUAAGCCAAUGUAUUUAUUUUUAACAACAUCCUAUAAAUGGCCAAGUCCAUUCAUUAUUUUUGGUGUGUUGGAUUUGUACAUGUAGUAGUUUCAGUGGUGAAAAAUUAUAGUAUCAGCAUUUGAAUGAGCAGCCAUAAAAUUUCCUUUCAUGCUACUGGCUACUUCAUAAUAUGAUUUGAAUUAGUGUUCUCAGUUCUCAGUUGAAGUUCCUCCCUUUCUCAGCAAAUUAGGCAACACUAAGAAACGAGAACAAGUUAAAUAUAAUCCCGGUACCGUUGAACGCUUAACAGCCAAACCUUUCCUAUGGAGUUCUAUGUGCAGAGAUCCCACCCUUUUUUUGUCAUCUUUUCACUAGGAGGCAGGGAUGAUCAUUUCAAACAAAAGCAGCCCCGUGGAAGAAUAACACAGGCUCAAUAUACUUUUGAAAAUCAUAAAUUAAAAACAAACACUAAUGAAAUAAACUAGGUGUUUGCUACAAUUUUUUCAGCCUUACGUCACUUUUAACUAGGGAUGGGCCAAUCAGAUCCUCAAUACCAUCAAAUCCUUAGUAUUCAAGGAAUGAGAUAUUUGAGAAAAAAAUAUUAGAGAAAAUAUAGUCAAUUAAAAAAUCCAACACUGAUAACCUCAGAAGUUUACUAGGUAAAUGUUUUCCUUCAUGCCUAUCCUUUUACCGUUCACCAAGAUAUCAUACUUUUAACAUGUAAUUAUAUGAAAAUGACAAUAUUUAUGGAUUCUGGAAACUUAGUUUGUGAAACAACCAUUUAAAGGGUAGAAUGUUUCAAUACCAUAGUUAAUAUUUUUAAUUUAUUGUACAUUAUUUUAUUUUUGACUCUUUGACACCAAGAUUUGUUUUAAUACAAUUUCUUGGGCAUACUCCAUUACAGUGUUGCACUCUUUGCCAUAAAAAAAUUUCAAGAGUGCAAAUUAAAAAAAAAAUGAAAACAGAAAACCCACAGAGAACAAGCGUAAAUCAGCUGAUGCCAAACAGAUAAACCCAACGAUGAACCUAAACAGGUACCUAUUACAGAUAACACAACGAAAACAACAGCACAGAUGAACACAUUUAAACUUAAAUAGCGGACAGCAUAAGAAUUCCAUGGAAAGAAUUUAGUCAUGAAAAAAAAUAACAGCAAAAUGAACACAGUGGACUAACAAUAAAAACAGUAGGUUUCCUAUGUCAAAAAGUUGCACUGUAUUAAAUCAAAAUUCCCCACUCCAUGAAUCAUUUUAACAACCUAGAUUUGAAUUUAAGAGUUAUAUUUUAGGUACCUACUCUCUGGGAUUUCAAUUUGAUAUUCGGAUUCAAGAAAAUUUGGAUUUGACCCAUCACUACUUUUAACUUAAACAACAAAUCAUGUGUGUACAUAUAUCUUCUUUUAACUGAUCUUUGCUAACUGGAGGUUAAUGUCCAUUCCACAUUAUACUACAAUACUUUCAAUAGCUUUGGUGUGGUGCUACUGCUAUAAUAGUUAUUAUUAUGAUUUAAUAAUUGACUUAAUCUCUUGUAAACAGAAAUUUCAAUUUUUCUGAAUUAAUUGUAGUUUAUUUAUAAUUAAAUACUGACUCAGGAAAAAAAAAACAGUUAAUAUGUAUUACUAUGUUUUGCUCCAGCACAGGAUGUAGGUUCUGUGGUAUUGUACCACUUACUGAGACAUGAAGUACCUGUGUUAUCUUGGUGCUAGGUAAUUUGUGGGUGGUGUAACUAUGGUAAAGUGGACAAUCUGAAGUCAUAUUGAACACUCUAUCAGGACAUUCUGUACUUUGGUGUGACUGGAAAUUGGGUGGAGGUUAACGUAGAACCAAAAAACGAUUUUUAAAAACCAGAACUGAACUGAGGACCGAGAAAACAGUAGAAUCAACAUUUUAUUUAAGUUUACUUAGAUUUCAAAAUAGUGUGGAAUUUGGACAGCUGAAUAAAAUAAAAUUUGUUUGAAUGAAACUUAAAAAUAUCGUAAAUAGCCCGUAGAAUUGCCUUAAUUUGAACCUAAAAAGCUUAACUUCUAUAAACCACAAAAUUCUUCUUAUCAUAAAGUAUUUGUUUCAAUUUGUGAAUGUUAAGCCACUCAAAAAUCUUCAAGUUCAAUAGUGUUUAACAUAGAUAUAAACUAAUGAAUUUAAACUGGACGCAUUCACUCCCUUCAGGCGUGGCCAUGUUGAUUGUUUAAUUGUCUUGUAUUUCUGGUGUUCGGGGGCUUUUACUGUAAAUUUAUCACGAUAGUACUCUUGCAUUUUAUGUUUUGUCUUAAUUUUUCUCAACAGACAUUUACUUAAUAUUAUCUAACUAGUUAGUUGUAAGGCACCAGUUGAAAAAUUAUGAAUAUAACAGACACUUUAAUUAAAUAGACACAUAAUUAUUAUUAAAAAUUCAAUUUCUCUUAAUAUUGUGCAAAUGAAAGGGCAUGGGUAAAAAAUUCUAAAUAUCAUGAAAAUAUUCCCAGUGUGACAAACUUAGAUUUCCAAAUAAGGAAAAAUUUUCACAGUUUUUCAUUUACAGCCAAACUUUCUGAGAUAUAAGUCUUUGUAGUAAUUAUAUGCAUAGUUGUUCGGAAGGUGCCUAAUGAUGAAUACUGCUUCAUGAUACGCUUGUCUCCAAGGUAUACAUAUCUCUUUGGCGUUAAGAAGUCAGUGAGUCAGGGAUGAGUGUAACUAUAUAUAGGAUAUCAGUAAAAAAAGUAAUGCAAGUGUUCAUUAUUAUGCUCACUUGAAUGAGCUUCUACAGCUCAAAAAUAAGUAAAAUAAUUGGUACAUGUCUGGUGGAAAAAUUUGUGACCCAACAAUAAUUGGAAUAGAGCUUUUGGAACAGAUUUACAUGUAAUCUCUUCAUAGUAAUGAUGGAAAAUGAAUACAUCAACUCAGUGUAAGAUCAUGCCUUAAGGACACAUCCCUUCAUUUUAAAUAACUUUUUUACCAUUUUUAAAUUGCUUAAAGUUUAUGUAUUCAAAAUUAAAGCUUUUCAUAAUAUAUGGAAUGACUUUACGUGAUUUUUGGUAUUGUCACAGCUUAAGUAAGCAAGUUAGAAGAGAGAAGAAAUUAACUUAUUAUUGCACAACAUUUACUGAAGAAGUGUAUUCGUAAAGUUUUUAAAAAAUUUUGUGCAUUUGUGUAUGCUCAAAAAAAAUUAUCAACAUUAAAAAUAUUAUUUUUCUAUUGCUUACUUUUCAAAAGUGGAUGUAACAUUCCAUAAAACAAUGCUAUUAUUUGGUAAAACUGCAUUAGGAAUGUUAUUUAUUUAUUUAUUUAUUUAUAAUAAUGCAGUACAUUUUUGUGAAUAUCAUAAAUCAAUAUUUAUAUUGUCAGCCCCUUUUUUAAUAUUUAGAUUUACAAAUACAUUUACAUACAUUCCACUUACAAUGUAUGUAUUUGUUAUGUUACUUUUUUACUGGGU